AAGUAUUUUUUCCUUAAUUUUUAAGUGGUUCUACUUUUCUGGAAGUGGAUUAGAACAGCAAACAGGCAGUGGCCCUAGGAGGGAAAGCAGAAGUGGAAGUGGUGCUGGUCUUGAGAAGGGAGGAGAGGCUUCCAGUGGGGCAGAACAACGAAAAUCUACAGGGCAUGCACAAAUGGCCCCGAGAAGGGAAAGUCGAAGUAAAGAAAGUAUUUCUGGAACGGCCGCUCCAAAACAGAGAAAGAGCGUAGCCUCAACAUCAGCAGCAGUAAACUCCUCAACUGUUCGGCACUCUACAACGGGAGGUCAUAGAUCUUCGAACUUUAGUAGUGAUCUAAUGUUCCAAUCUUCUUCAACUUCGCUAUUAUCUAAUGUACUUAGAGCACUAACUGUUAGAAUCUUACUUAUGGUUAGUUCGGAAAAAUUAAAAAUAAGGGAGAAAUUAAAAAUAGAACAUAAAACCAGAAUUAAAAAUCAGAAUUUAAAAAUCAGAAUAUAA